AUGCAUCAUUGCACGUUAUUUCUUAUUCAAAUACUAUAUUGUAUCAGUUUGGCCGUUUGUUCAAAUGAUAGUAAUAAAUUGGUUGAGCGAAUACAGUUCACCCAUUCAUUAUUUUCCGGUGAAGGGCCGACUAAUAAUGUAUUAGAACAGUAUAAUUCGAUGGUUAAGGACUUAGAAAGCCAGUUGACUAUUGAACAAUCGGACUUGAAGGACCAUUUGCCCCAACUUUAUUUCAGAAAGGCUUUAAUCGAAAUCAAUUUACAUAAAGAAAGUUUGGCAAUUCAAGAUCUUAAGAGAUGCUUGGAUUUAGACCCGGUAUUGAAACCGGCGAGAACUAAGUUGAUUGAUAUACUAUUGGAAAAAGGUGACUUUAGUACUUUGACAAGCUAUAUAACGAAAGAAGAUCAGGAAGUUGGCAAAAAGAUCGAGUUGGUUAAAACGGCAUUUGCUAACGCCGAAAAAGCGUACAACAAAAAGGAUUUUGCACAGUGUGCUCUGGAAUUGGAAAAUACGGUUAUACCCAUCACGCCUUCUAGCCCUAAUGCAUACCAACUUCACUUAAAGUGUAUUGCGGAGAUUUACAGUAAACUUGACGUAACAGAGAGCCAACAGCUGCCAUCUAAGCUGAUUAUAAAUGAUUUGAAUAAAUUAAUAAACCUUCAGCCAAUGAGUACAUUACUGUGGUAUGAGUCUAUGGCAAACUACUUGUUAUUCACCGAAGUCCAAUUUGAAAAGUCGUGGUUAUUUGUGAAGAAUUGCUUAAAGAUUGAUAACGAUUUCAAAGGUUGCGGUCAGAUUUCUAAGUUUUACGUUAAGUUCCAAAAGUUUUUGAGUGUUUUAGAGGAAUAUUCUAUUAACAAUGGUCAUUACUACUUAGUGAAUGAUAAUAACAACCAGAAUAAUCAAAACAUUAAUGAAGAUUUGAAUAAAGACGUUGAUUUCAAGUUUGUCAAUGAUUUCCUUCUCCAUGAUGAAGUCAAGGUUUCGAAAAUAGAAAAGAAGAAACUUCCUUCUUACAUUAAAAAUAAUUAUGAUUACUUGUUAUCUAAAGCGGCUGCCUUCGUACAAACUGAAUUAGUGAAUGAUAAGGCAUUUAAAACCUUGAGCUUUAAAAUCGAUUUGGAUAGAAUUUUAUGUGAAUCAUUUAUUCAAUUAAAUGACUUCAAGAAGGCUGUAUCGUAUUGCUCCAAAAUUGAGGAUACCGAAAGUCCAUUUUUGCCAAAGUACAUACCUGAAAUCGACCAAUUACUCGCCAAAAACAAAUACGACGAAGCCAAACGUCUAUUGGAAGGCUUUAAUGCAAAUGUCAGACGCUCAAAAUUAUUUAGAGAUCGUUAUGAAGUUAUAGAGAGGUAUAUCAACCAGCAGCGUCAACAACAACAACAAAGACAAAGGCAGCAGCAGCAACAACAACAGAGACAAUGGCAACAAAGACAGCAACAACAACGUCAAAGAGCUCCUCCAAAUCGUAAGCCAUCUACUGACUACUACAAAAUCCUUGAUAUUUCUCGUGAUGCAGAUGAAAGAACCAUCAAAAAGGCAUACAGAACUCAAACAUUAAAAUACCACCCUGAUAAGUAUAAGGGUAACGAUUUGACACCAGAGCAGAUCGAAAACAAGAUGCAAGAUAUCAACCAAGCCUACGAAGUAUUGGCUGAUAAAGAGUUACGAGAACGUUAUGAUAGAGGUGACGAUCCUAAUGAUCCAUUAGGUGGUCAAAGGCAACAACAACAACCAUUUGGAGGUUCCCGUCCUUUCGGUGGAGGUGGCGGACAACAAUUCCAGUUUAAUUUUGGCCAAAAUGAUUUCAUGAAGCAAUUCAUGAAACAGAAAGGUGGUUCAGGUGGCUUCGGUGGUUUUGGUUUCGGCGGUCAGAACCAACGUACAUAUGUAAAAAAGAAUGCAAAGAAGAAUAAAUAG